AAUAUUUUGUGAAUAUAUAUAUCAUAUAUAUAUAUAGAAAUGAAGCAAUUUCCUUUGCAAACUCGCUAAUAAAUUAUGAAAUAGAAAGUUGUAUGCUAAUCCAGUAAAAAAGCCAAGAUGCCCCUAGCAAAAUGAAAAAAUUAAUGAAAUAUAUAAAAAACAAACGCAUUCCCGACAGCGAGACGAAAUCAUCAAAACUUAAAUUCUUGUGAGUCUGUUGGCUAAGUGCUCGUGUCGCAUAAUUAACGCAUUCCCUAGUGCAGUCCCUAAAGAAAUGGGUAUUUGGUAAAUGCUAUGUCCAAUCGCUACAUGGUAUCUCGGAUCGCGCAAAAAUAUUCUUUAAGGAUGGACGGGGGUCACAUAAUCAUCAUGUUAGCUGGGCUUAAAAUUCAUUUCGCUGGCAACAAUAUAGCGGCGAACACAAAACCGAAAACACAAAACUUAUUUAUAAAACUGAGCAGUCGAGUGGAUGAAUAUGCCGCUCCUUUUGCCCGCUCCCGUAUUUUAUUUAUUUUCUUUUUUUUUGUGUUUUGGGGCCCUGAAACGAACGGAACGAUAAAAAUAAACCAAAAGCCAAACGGCGCACGAGACAAAACUGUUUUUCAUCAAAAAAAAUAAGAAAAAAGCACGCAAAAACACAAAAAGUCACAAAGGUGUAAAAAUAUUGAAAAUGUUGAAUUUCCCUUUUGUUUGUAUAGCGCGUUAAUUUCCACAGAAGCAGAGAUAAAUACAUAAAACCUCCAGAAAUUCAAGAGAAACGGGAGAAAAAAGCUAAGGCUAAAAAGCAAUUAAAACAAAUUGUGCCGUAAGUCAGGUCGGUGGGCUUACAGCCCAGUCCCCCCCGGAAAAAACCAAAAUAAAAAAAAAAAAAAAAAAAAAACAAAAAGCAAAAAAAAUAUAUUAAGGAACCAUCACCGCAGGAUCCAGAGGAAACAGGACCCACCGCCCCCCAAAGAAACUACUAUAUACUGCACACGCAGAAAAGGAAAUAAUACAUCAAAUAUAAAGUACAAAAUAGCAAAAUGUCGCAGGAGAGCAGUAAUGGUGGAGCUGGUGGUGCAGCGGCGCCACCACCGCAGUACAUAAUAACCACACCCAGCGAAGUGGAUCCCGACGAGGAGCUGGGAUCCCCCGAAAAGCACGUGCUGCAGAGUCAGCAAUUCUCCAGCACAAGCAGCUCGACCAAAGUGGCCACUCGUUCCUAUUCGAUGAGCAGCAGCAGCACCAGUGCUCUGCAGCAAAAGCAGGAGACCCUAAGUCAGUUGCAGCAGAUUCAGCAACAGCAGAUUCAGCAACAGCAGAUGCAGCAGCAGCAGAUGCAGCAAACGCAGCAAACGCAGCAGAAGAUCAUAUCCAGUUCGACGCGCAGUCAGAGUCUGCAGUCCAGCACAAUUGUGGGUGAGGCCACUACCAUUUCCACGGGAGCCACCCAAAUGCUGACCUCGGCGGCAGCGGCAUCCUUGGCCCAGCAGCUGAAGGCCCAGAGUUCCACCUCGAUCAUAACGAGUAGUGAGCAGCGAACCAGCACGAGCACCAGUAGCAGCAGCAGUACUCGAUUCAUAGCCAGCGGUGGCGUUGGCGGUGGCAGUGGCGUUGGCGUUGGCGUUGGCGUUGGCGGUGGCAUUGGCAACUCCAAUUCGGGCAGCAAUUCGAGCGGCGGCAAGACCCGCUUCCAGAGUUUCCUCCAGCAACCGGAGGGGGCACAUCAUGGCUUUUUGACCGCCCACCAGAAGCAUGUGCGUCAGUUCGUGCGCUCCACAUCGGCGCAUUCGGAGGCGGCGGCCGGAGUGGGCGGCACCGGUUCGGGCCGGCCGGAAAAGUGCAUCCGGAGUGCCUCCACGCAGAUCGACGAUCCAAGCAGCGGCGGCAGUGUGGGUGGGGUGGACAGUCUGGUGGACAGCUCGGCCAGCGGCGGCUCCAUGCAGCUGUCGAUGAGCAAGCUGGGCCUGCAGCAAUCCUCCUCGAUACUCAUCUCCAAGUCGGCGGAGACCAUCGAGAUGAAGAGCAGCUCCUCGUCGGCCGGCAUGCGCACCCAGUUGACCCUCAGCGGUGGCUUCCUCGCCCCGCCGGGCAACCGCAAAAUCACCAUCCUGAGCCCCAUCCACGCGCCGCCGGGCCUGCACGACAUGCUGAAACGGGCCCAGGGGCGGUCACCACUCUCGCCCAGGAUCAGCUUCCCCGGCAGCGAUUCGGACCUCUUCGGUUUCGAUGUAGAAAAUGGCCAGGGCGCUCGAUCACCGCUUGAGGGCGGCUCUCCCAGCGCCGGUUUGGUUCUACAGAAUUUGCCGCAGCGUCGCGAAUCGUUUCUAUAUCGCUCCGAUUCCGACUUUGAGAUGUCGCCCAAGUCCAUGUCCCGAAACUCAAGCAUCGCUAGCGAAAGGUUUAAAGAACAGGAAGCCUCUAUACUCGUUGACCGAUCCCAUGGCGAGGAUCUCAUUGUGACGCCUUUCGCCCAAAUUUUAGCCAGCUUACGUUCAGUGCGCAACAAUUUAUUAAGUCUGACAAAUGUUCCAGCAUCAAACAAGCGGCCCAACCAAUCCUCGUCGGCCUCGCGAUCGGGAAAUCCCCCGGGGGCCCCGCUUUCCCAGGGCGAGGAGGCCUACACCCGCCUGGCCACCGACACCAUCGAGGAGCUGGACUGGUGCCUCGACCAGCUGGAGACCAUCCAGACCCAUCGCAGCGUAUCCGACAUGGCCUCGCUCAAGUUCAAACGCAUGCUCAACAAGGAGCUGUCACACUUCAGCGAGUCCAGCAGAUCGGGAAAUCAGAUUUCCGAAUACAUUUGUUCCACAUUUUUGGACAAGCAGCAGGAGUUCGACUUGCCCUCGCUGCGCGUGGAGGAUAAUCCGGAGCUGGUGGCCGCCAACGCUGCCGCCGGUCAGCAGUCCGCCGGCCAGUACGCCCGCUCCCGAUCGCCCCGCGGUCCGCCCAUGUCGCAGAUCAGCGGCGUGAAGCGGCCCCUUUCGCACACCAACAGCUUCACCGGCGAACGGCUGCCCACUUUCGGCGUGGAGACGCCCAGGGAAAACGAGCUGGGUACGCUCCUCGGCGAACUGGACACCUGGGGCAUCCAGAUAUUCAGCAUCGGCGAGUUCAGCGUCAACCGACCGCUCACCAGUGUGGCAUACACCAUAUUUCAGAGUAGAGAAUUACUGACCAGUCUUAUGAUACCACCGAAAACUUUUCUUAACUUUAUGACUACUCUGGAGGACCACUACGUCAAAGACAAUCCGUUUCACAAUUCGCUCCAUGCGGCCGACGUGACCCAGAGCACCAAUGUGCUACUCAAUACACCGGCGCUGGAGGGCGUAUUCACACCGCUCGAGGUGGGCGGGGCUCUGUUCGCCGCUUGCAUUCACGAUGUUGAUCAUCCCGGCUUAACCAAUCAGUUCUUGGUUAACUCAAGUUCCGAACUAGCAUUAAUGUACAAUGACGAAUCAGUUUUGGAAAAUCAUCAUUUAGCUGUUGCCUUUAAAUUAUUGCAAAAUCAAGGAUGUGAUAUAUUCUGUAAUAUGCAAAAGAAACAACGCCAAACAUUGAGGAAAAUGGUUAUUGAUAUUGUGCUGUCCACGGACAUGUCCAAGCACAUGAGUUUGCUGGCCGACCUGAAGACAAUGGUGGAAACCAAGAAGGUGGCCGGUUCUGGGGUCCUGCUGCUGGACAAUUACACCGAUCGCAUACAGGUGCUCGAGAAUCUGGUGCAUUGCGCCGAUCUGAGCAAUCCCACCAAGCCGCUGCCGCUUUACAAGCGUUGGGUGGCGCUCCUCAUGGAGGAGUUCUUCCUGCAGGGCGACAAGGAGCGCGAGAACGGCAUGGACAUCAGUCCCAUGUGCGAUCGCCACAAUGCCACGAUCGAGAAGUCGCAGGUGGGCUUCAUCGACUACAUCGUCCACCCGCUGUGGGAGACCUGGGCGGACCUGGUGCACCCGGAUGCCCAGGACAUACUCGACACGCUUGAAGAGAACAGAGACUACUACCAGAGCAUGAUACCGCCCUCGCCGCCGCCGUCGGGGGUCGAUGAGAAUCCGCAGGAGGACAGGAUACGCUUUCAAGUAACCCUGGAGGAGUCCGACCAGGAGAACCUCGCCGAAUUAGAGGAGGGCGACGAGAGUGGGGGCGAGAGCACCACCACCGGAACCACCGCCGCCUCCGCGCUGGGCGGGGCUGGGGGCGGGGGCGCUGCCGGCGGGGGCGUGGCACCCAGGACGGGUGGCUGCCAAAACCAACCGCAACACGGUGGAAUGUGACGGAGAGUCGUGGGAAUUUAUCGCAAAAUACAGGAAAAGGCUCACAACUUUUUCCUAUUACGUUAGUGACUACUAUUAACACAAAAACCAAACAAAAACCAAAAACGAAAAACCACAAAAAAAAAACAAAGAAAAACUCUUGGAAAAAUGCAAAAAAAAAAAAAAACCAAAAAAAAAACAAAAAGCCAAGUAAAGAAAUAUUAAACAGAUGUUUAAAGCAUACAAAAACUCCAAACAGCAAUAGCAAAAGUACCGUUUAACUUAUAAAGCCUAGAGAAAAACGAAAAAAGGAAAUUAGAAAUUCACUUAAUGGAAAACAGAGAUUGAUGUUGAAUACACUGAAAAAAAGAAGGAGGAGAAGAGGUAACUAAGAGAAAUCUUACACAAACUAAAUCCAAGACAAAGCAAAGAUAAUGAGAAAACCCAUUGAUAAGUAAUAUUAAGAAGAUACCAAAACUACCGCCCCCUUUAACCCAAAAAAAGAAACACCCCAUUAUACAGACGAUUUUUGUUGCAUGUGUAGGCAAAUGAUUUUUGUUAAAUUCAUAAAUUCAUUUGAAGUAGGACUUCAAUAGGAGGAAAACAGCUAACCCAAGUCUCCUCUUUUAAACCAUUGACUAAUGUGAAAUAAUUAACAAAGAAAACAAACGGAAAGGAAUAAUCAAUACGACUAAGCUUUAGAGAAGUUUUAAGUUUUUAAUGUUUUGCAUGCCCGAAAAGAUUCAUUUUACUUGAUUGAUAAUGUUAGCUCUAACUGAUAACCGAUAACAGCAACACAAAUGAAGUUUUUAUGAUUUAGACCCCAAGAGAGAGAGAAGCGAAAAAAACAGAAAACAAGCAUGUAAAGUGUAAGAAAACAGUGAAUUAAACCAAAAUUGAAAGCAACCCGUCUUGAAACCAUUUAAAUCUAAAAUUAAAUCCCCAAAAACCAAACCCCAAAACCCAAACAAAAAGUAAAGAAACAGUCUACAGCCAGACUGUAGUUGUAUAGUAAUAUAUAUGAUAUAAAUAUUUUUUUUUAAUAUUAUUUGUAAAUAAUUUAAAUGUUGGACUCGAAUUUAAAUCAAGCGGCUAGCAAUUGUUGCAGCUAAACUAAAACUAAAAUGAAAACAAAGCCAAAAACACACAUCAAUAAGGAUGUAACAGAAGUGAAGAGGAAUCGGAAUGAAAGGAAAAACUAUUGUACAAUUAGCUAAUGAAUUUCCAUUUCAAUUUUCAAUUUAAAUUGCAAUUUGAUUUGCUUCCAGUGAAAGAAAGAGAAAAGAGAAGAAAAUACAGAGAGAGAGAGAGAAACCGAAAAUAAUGUUAAACGCUGUCUUCGCAAAUAUUUUUCGCUAUAUAUAACUAAUAUCAUUAUUUACUAGUUACUAAGCUACUUACUGAGCCACACAAUUUAGAAACGAAAGAGACAAGUCACCCGGAAAGAGAGAAAGAGAGGGAGCAUUGAUGAAUUUAGUGAACAAACUUAACUGGCAAAAUACACACAAUUUACAAAACCAGCCACGAACCACCAGAAAAGACUCUUCAAGCACAAGCAAUUUUUAGUUUCCAAAUGCAAAACCAAAGCAAAGCAAAGCAAAACAAACACACAAAAAACACAAUAUAUGAACCGAAAAAGUCAUUGGCUAUAACACGAUUAUUUAUACCUAAUAUAUAUACUAUAUGCAUAUUGUAAAGUCACGAUACUGGCGCUGGUGCGCGGAUCGAUCAAUGUGGCAGGCCAAAUUCUAAAAGCGCAUAAUUUAACUAUUUUUUAAUAUUAUGUUUUAUUGUUAUUAAUUUAUUACCCAAAAAACAUUAUUUUUUCAGACCUAGUGCUAUAUACUAUUUCUUUUUUGUGUUUAAGCGGGCAGGAUCCGCGCAUAAAAUAGUGGUUUUUUUUAUAACAAAUAUAUAUGGUAUGAUAUGUGAAUGAAAUGUAAUGAAAUGAAAUGGAACCUUGAUGGUCUAAAAAUAUCAUUUAACAACAAAACGAGCAGCAAAGUUGAAGAACAAGAUACUUUAUAGCAAUUUAAGCAGCAUUGUAAAUGUGCGCUUCAGAUUUACUUUUUUCGAAACUUAAUCAACCUUCAGCAAAUACAGCAAGAUAUAUUACCUA